AUGCACCGUGAGUUCUCUGAUCUUUUAAAGCAUACUGGAUUUGGUUGGGAUGCUGAAACUAACACAGUGCAUGCUCUAAAGGAAACCUGCCAAAAUUACAUUCGGGCACACCCAAAUGCAAAAAGAUUCCGCUCAAAGGGAUGCCCAAACUACAACUUGUUGGGAUUGAUCUUUAAUCCAUCAACAGCAACCGGUGCCCUCCACUACUCUUCCACCCAAGAUCCACCAAACACUGAUGAUGAAGAUGAGGUGGAUGACAAUUUGGAACAUGGUGGAGUGCAUGUGGAUGUAGAUACUGAGAUCCCUGAUGAUCUUUCACAACCAGAAAUGGCAGAAAAAGUGACCACCCGUUCUGGAAAGCGUGUAACUGAUUCUCUAUUAGAGCGUAGAGGUAAGAAAGAAUCCAGAUUAAGUCAAAUGGGAGAUGCUUUAAAAGCUUGGGUUGAGGCAUCAAAGGCUAGAACAGAAACAUCUCGAGCUAGAAUUGAGGCAUUAUUGGCUAGAGUGGACAGAUAUAAGAGUGGAACUAGUAGUGAAGCUACUAGUGGAGGUACCACUGAUUUUAGCAUAACAAGGUGCAUGGCAGCCUUACAAACCAUUGAAUUGUUAGAUAAUGACAAAUAUUUAAAAGCUGUUGAGAAAUUCACAAUGCCGGAGUGGAGAGAGAUAUUUAUGAAUAUGCCUGAUGAGAGGAAAAUGGCAUGGCUUGAUAGACUUUAA